AUGAGCACCAAGCCCUACAGCCCCUUCCAACCCCCCAAAACCACUCCCAAAGAUCAAGUCGAACCUACAGACACCCAUACCAUAACUAGGAUUAAGACUAUCAAUGGGCAUCGAGCCCUACAACCCCCACCAACCCCCAAAACCACCCCCAAAGUCAAACCUACAGCCACUCAAACUGUAACUAGGCUUAAGACUACUAUAUCCAAAACACUUAACCCCUCUCCCUCCCCACCAACUACCAAAGCCUGUCAUCCACCUAAACGAUCACUACUCUAUACCCUCCGACGCCGACUUCCAACAAUUGAACCACCUACCCCCUACCCAAAUCCCACUGUUGGGGUCGAACCAACCCCAGUUCUUAUCGAAGCCUGA